AUGCCAUCAGAAGAUUUUUUCAAUCGAGUUGAGGAGCCCUGGCUGAUUGAAACAGAGGUGUGCUCGUCCGCGGAGCGCUUAUGCUAUAACUGUGAGUUCUCUAUUUUCGCAAUUGCCCUCUUCUCUUCACAUUUAGGGGAGUCAAGACUAAUCAAAGCUCGCACAGGCAAGCAACCCGGACACGAGUCGAAUGGCUGCCCGCGUCCUCGCACAACAGAAACGAAACAAUGCUACCAUUGUCAGGGCCUAGGACAUGUGCAAGCUGACUGCCCAACCUUGCGCUUGAACGGGGGUGCCACGAGCGGCCGUUGCUACAACUGCAAUAUCCUUGGCCAUCUGGCUCGGAAUUGCCCAUCUACCGGCAUGCAAGGUGCCGGAAGAGGUGUUCCAUCAGCCCGUGGGGUUUUCAACUCUCCCUUCCGUGGUGCAUUCGCCGGAUAUGCCAGAACUGCUACGUGCUAUAAAUGUGGUGGUCCAAACCAUUUCGCGCGGGAUUGCCAGGCUCAGUCUAUGAAAUGCUAUGCAUGUGGCAAAUUGGGUCAUAUCUCCCGUGAUUGCACUGCUCCCAAUGGUGGACCGUUGAGCUCCGUAGGCAAAGUCUGCUAUAAAUGCUCCCAGGCAGGCCAUAUCUCUCGCGAUUGUCCGACUAACACCACCGAAGCCGUUGCUUCGACCGCUGCGGAGCCCGCUGCCGAGACCGCUGCCGUGACGGAUGCUAACGUUGCCCCCGUUGCUGCAGCGCCCACUCCGGCAGUCGCUUAA